GUGUGGGCUGGGCCUCUCUGCUGUUCCAGGGAGGGGAAUCUCAGUCUGACUGCAUGGUGUAGAGAUAACCUGACCGCUUCAUCCUUCUGUGCUCCCUCUCCACACACAAGGGAAACUCAUGUCUGACUUAUAGACAUGAAGACCUUUGUGCAUUCCAGGACUUUUUUACUCCUCACCGUUUCUGUGGUGCAAGUUUUGUUCGUCAGAUGCCAGGAUGGGAACAGUGGGGAUGACCUGAGCUGCACAGAGAAUGGCCAGGUCUACACUAACAGAGAUGUGUGGAAGCCCGAGCCAUGCAGGAUCUGCGUGUGUGACAGCGGGGCCAUCCUCUGUGACGAGAUUCAGUGCGAGGAGGUGACAAACUGUGAAAAGCUCACCAUUCCUGACGGGGAGUGCUGUCCCGUGUGCGGCGACUCCGCCAGUCCCAACGGGAACGGCAGGCCAGAUGGAAGAGUCUACAAGGGCCAGAAAGGAGAACCUGGAGAUGUUCCAUAUGUAGUAGGAAUAAGAGGUCGCCCAGGAUCUAUGGGGCCGCCAGGGGCGCCAGGAUUUAGAGGGGACAGAGGACCCAAAGGACGACCGGGUCCCAGAGGUCAACCAGGCUACGAUGGGGAGCCAGGCAUCCCAGGACAACCAGGAGAACCAGGUCCCCCUGGGCACCAGACACACCCUGGGGGACAGCUCUCCGCUCAGAUGGCAGGAGGCUUCGAUGAGAAGUCAGGACUGGCAGGCCAAGUGGGGAUGAUGCCUGGGUCUCGGGGAGAGGCAGGAGCAAGAGGACCUCCUGGACCAACUGGUCAACCUGGCCCUGCAGGAGUGCAGGGACCCCCUGGUGAGGUGGGAGACCCAGGGCCGAUGGGUAGCUCUGGUCCCAGAGGACCCGAAGGGCCACAAGGAAAGCCAGGUGAAGACGGAGAGUCCGGCAAGGCAGGAAAUUCAGGAGAGCUGGGAUUUCCUGGAUCUCCGGGAGCAAGAGGGUUUCCAGGGACACCUGGGCCUCCGGGUAUAAAAGGACACAGAGGACAUCAAGGUCCAGUUGGUACAAGGGGUGAACUUGGUGCUGUUGGAGCAAAGGGUGAAUCGGGUCCCACCGGUCCGAUGGGAGAACCUGGUCCUCUGGGUCCGAGAGGCAUGCCAGGAGAAAGGGGUCGGAUUGGGCCCGGAGGAGUCCCGGGUAUGCGUGGUCCACCUGGAAACAUUGGUAAACCAGGUCCUAUGGGUCCCCUGGGGCUCAAUGGUCCCCCAGGAUUUCCCGGAAACCCAGGUAUGAAGGGAGAGGCUGGGCCAACAGGUGUCCGAGGAACCGAGGGGCCACAGGGACAGAGGGGUGAGCCAGGAAAUCUGGGAAGACCAGGUGCCACCGGCAUUCAAGGCCCAGCAGGAACAGAUGGAGGCCCUGGAGCCAAGGGUCCAGCAGGAGCUCCUGGCCCACAGGGUCCAAAUGGGCUGCUCGGACCACCCGGGCCUCCAGGACCCCAAGGAAGCACUGGUCAGCCGGGAAUCAAAGGCCAGCUGGGAGACAUCGGCGUGCCAGGGUUCAAAGGAGAGGCUGGACCUAAGGGAGAACCAGGUCCACCUGGAACUCAGGGAGCAAUCGGACCCCAAGGAGAGGAGGGGAAGAGGGGAGCGCGGGGUGACCCUGGGUCAAUCGGCCCACCUGGUCCUGUGGGUGAGAGGGGUGCUCCCGGUAACAGAGGUUUCCCCGGUGCUGAUGGAUUACCUGGUCCCAAGGGGGCGCAAGGAGACCGUGGAAUCACUGGAUCAGCUGGCCCUAAAGGCUCGACCGGUGAUCCUGGCCGCACGGGCGAACCGGGUCUCCCAGGAGCGAGGGGCCUGACAGGCAAUCCUGGUGUCCAAGGAGCUGAAGGGAAACCAGGGCCACUGGGGGGACCAGGUGAGGACGGGCGACCGGGUCCAGCAGGGUCCAUCGGAACCAGAGGCCCGGCAGGAUCUAUGGGCCUGCCAGGACCAAAGGGCUUUAAUGGAGACCCAGGGAAGACAGGAGAGCAGGGGUCUCCCGGAGUUCCAGGACAGCGAGGUCCACCCGGGAAAGAUGGAGAAGUUGGCCCGGCGGGGUCUCCUGGCCCUGCAGGUCCUGCAGGUGAGAGAGGAGAGCAGGGACCUCCAGGUGUGAAUGGUUUCCAGGGAUUACCUGGACCCCCUGGUCCGCCAGGAGAGUCAGGAAAGCCAGGUGAUCAGGGUAUUCCUGGUGAAGGCGGAGCCGUUGGGCAGAUCGGUCCGAGGGGAGAGCGAGGAACUCCAGGAGAGCGAGGUGAACUUGGCCCACAUGGUCUGCAGGGACCGAAAGGCAUCCCAGGUGCACCAGGGCCCGAUGGUCCAAAGGGCAGUCCCGGUCCGACUGGCGCUCUUGGUGACCCCGGACCUCCCGGGCUCCAGGGAAUGCCAGGGGAGAGAGGGAUCUCUGGUCCUCCGGGGCCUAAGGGCGACAGAGGAGCCGCUGGGGAGAAGGGUGCAGAAGGAACACCUGGAAAUGAUGGCGCAAGAGGACUGCCUGGUCCACUUGGACCCGUGGGACCACAUGGGCCCAGUGGUGAGAAGGGAGAACCUGGUCCACGUGGUCCGCCUGGACCUCACGGAUCAAGAGCAAGUCCAGGAUCCCGUGGUGAACCUGGUCCUACUGGUCCUGUUGGAUUUGCUGGGCCACCUGGCCCUGACGGUCAGCCUGGAGUGAAGGGAGAGCCAGGGGAGCCAGGACAGAAGGGAGAUGCGGGGUCUCCAGGUCCUCAAGGGUUGGCCGGAGCUCCGGGGCCUUCUGGGCCCGUGGGGGUUGCUGGACUGAAAGGAGGCAGAGGAACGCAGGGUGCUGUGGGCCCGACCGGAUUCCCCGGGUCAGCAGGCAGAGUUGGCCCGCCUGGCUCCACUGGCCCAGUUGGAGAGCCUGGUCCUCUCGGCGCUCCAGGGAAAGAAGGUCCACCUGGUCUCCGUGGAGACAACGGUUCCCCCGGACGUCCUGGGGAGCGAGGCCCACCUGGCCCGGCUGGAAGUCCAGGAGAUAAAGGCGAUUCUGGAGAGGACGGACCAACGGGCCCCGAUGGACCACCAGGCCCUGCAGGAACCACAGGACAGAGAGGAAUUGUGGGUCUUCCUGGCCAGAGAGGAGAGAGGGGAAUGGCAGGACUGCCAGGCCCAGCUGGUCCGCCAGGAAAAACAGGUACCCCAGGACCACAAGGAGACAAAGGUCCCCCAGGCCCAGUGGGUGCACCAGGUGCAAACGGACCUCGUGGUGACCCUGGUCCAGAUGGUUCUGCUGGGGCCGAUGGCCCUCCAGGCAAGGAUGGAGUCAUAGGGACCAGGGGUGAUCGGGGGGAUCCGGGUCCAGAGGGGCUUGCCGGUGCUCAGGGAGCUCCUGGAUCUCCAGGUCCGGUUGGAACCCCAGGCGGUCCCGGAAAGAGAGGAGAUGCUGGCUCAAGAGGGCCAGUAGGUCCCCCUGGUUCAGCAGGCAAGAGAGGGUUAACGGGACCUCAAGGGCCGAGAGGAGAUAAGGGAGACAUUGGAGACCAUGGAGAGAGAGGACAGAAAGGUCACAGAGGCUUCACUGGAUUACAAGGUUUACCUGGACCACCUGGUACAACUGGUGAGCAGGGAGCUCCAGGAAUCGUUGGACCAAGCGGCCAAAGAGGACCCCCUGGACCAGUUGGGCCCCCAGGAAAGGAGGGGUUAAUUGGACAGCCUGGACCAAUGGGACCACCUGGAACACGUGGAAUUAGCGGUGACAUCGGACCAGAGGGACCUCCUGGAGAUCCCGGUCCUCCCGGGCCCCCAGGGUCCCCUGGCCCUCCCACAGCCGCCAUGGACGACUUAUUUGGAGGUCCGCAGGAUUACGACGUCGGCCCCCCGCCGCCCCCCGAGUUCAGCGAGGACGAGGCUCUUCCCAACAACAACAACACGGCCCCGGCCCUCUUCCAGGCCGACCCGGGGGUGCACGCCACCCUGAAGGCGCUCAGCAGCCAGAUCGAGAGUAUGCGUAGCCCGGACGGCAGCAGGAAGCACCCGGCCAGGACCUGCGAGGACCUGAAACAGUGUUACCCCCUGAAGAAGAGCGGUGAAUACUGGGUAGAUCCGAACCAGGGGAGUGCCGAGGACGCCAUCAAAGUCCACUGCAACAUGGACAGCGGUGAGACCUGCAUCUCUGCCAACCCAGCCAGCAUACCGCGCAAGACGUGGUGGAGCUCCUCCAACCCCUCCGACAACAAACCCAAGUGGUUCGGGGCCAACAUGAACGGUGGAGCGCUCUUCACCUAUGGGAACAAAGACCAGGCAGCCAACUCUGUCACUGUCCAGAUGACCUUCCUCCGUCUGCUGUCUAAAGAGGCGUCUCAGACCAUAACCUACCACUGCAAGAACAGCGUGGGGUACAAGGAUGAAGCCACUGGAAACCUGAAGAAGGCCAUCAUUCUCAAGGCUGCUAAUGACCUCGAUCUCAGAGCAGAGGGAAACAACCGCUUCAGAUACACGGUCAUAGAGGACAGCUGCUCUCAACCUACCGGCAACUGGGGCAAAACAGUGUUUGAGUACAGGACACAGAAAACAGCCAGACUUCCCAUUAUAGACAUGGCCCCUGUGGACAUCGGAGGCGCGGAUCAAGAGUUCGGCAUCGACAUCGGGCCCGUUUGCUUCUUGUAAUCCAGAGGACACUGCGUGGGGCAAAUCCUGAGACUCUUGAACUGACCGCUGAUACGAUCAGCCUUGUACAUACAGUACAGUGGACUAUUCAGGCCCUUCGGCAAGAUAUUUAUUGUGCCUUUCCAACCUUUUCGAGACAUUUCGGUAGACCUUUUUUUUUGAGCAAAGUGUAAGGCAGAAUUCUCAAAAGGAAUUAAAGAAUGUGAUAGUUGUUUUCAGAAACUGAUUUUGACACAAUGGUGCAUUGUUCCUACAAUCAAGAAGAAUUCAGGACUACUCCUGAUCACCUUUUUCCAAUAUGAGUCAUAUUUCUUUAAGCAGAAGAUGCUUAUUGUGGGGAACAUUUAUUUAAUAAGCAAUGGUAUGACACCUUGAUCCAAGCCAUCUGUGCUAUUUUUACGUUUUCAGGAAGGAAACCAUACAUUUGGCUAAAUAAAUCUUCAAUCAGAAAUGCAUAAAUCAUUUCCUUUGUCAUUAACUGCUGUUAAUACGAAUACCACUUAAAGCAGAAAAAAAGGCCCAAAUGGUUCAUGACAUGAUUAAAAUCUAUUAACCUAUUAAACUUAAACAUGUAUUGCUUUUUGUUUUGUAAAAAGAAAGUUUCUUCAGCAUAUACAAUUACAGGUGGAUCAAAAUCCAAACGUUUUCUUUCUUUUAAGUAAUGGUGCUACAGAGGAGACUUAAGUUCUGACUUAUGUUGAGAGAGGAUGUGCUCCCUUGAAAGACAGUGUUUAUGGAAAUGAUUCCAAUGUUUAAAUUUUUUUUAUUCUGUCCUGGCAUUCCUGUAUUAGUGCAACAGCUAAAGAACAGACAAGACUGUCGAUUCCUUAGAGUAAGCUACCUCAUCUCAAUAAACUGGGAUGUUUUGAUUAGUUGUAAUCAUUUUCACAGGUGCUGUGUCUAAAGAGGGACCCAUGUGUGCUUCCUCCAGCAGAAGAUCAGGGUUUGGUGAUGCUAAUAAAGAUCUUUUUCUACCACUGGUUAAGCAGCAGAAUCCAUGUCUCCUGAAAAUUGUGUUGUAAUAAUUGUAAUGUUUAUUGGCAGAGAUGCACAGUAUUUCUAAGUCUGCAUGUUUUAUUCUGUGAAGCAUGUAGGUGUCCCUUCACAUAGCCUGGCUUUAUUUUCCAUUUCUGACCUUUUCUAAAUACUUUUUUAUUACAAUUAUUUGAGCCCUUGCAAAAAGAUAACCAUGAAUGUUUGUUUCCUUUAUGUAUUUUGCUCUGCAACCAAUUAAACAAAUGCUUGUUUAUCCCUAAUUCUCCUUUUGUGAAAUUGAUUUAGAUGUCCUUCUUUUGGGGAGAUAUUCUACUCAGAUAAGAGUUUUGUAGCACAGAGGUCAGAUUUUCACAGGAAUAAACAUCGGCAGCAUAGAAAUAAAUGUGGAUU